AUGUCGUCCCCCUCGCACGACGGCGUCCGAUUCCAGCAUCUCUCCUCUGGGCGGAGCACGCCGAGGUCAUCUCUUGAUUCUCACGUGGCGUCUGAUUCUCACGACGCCGACGAUGAAGCAUUCGCUCUACUUUCGGAUGAUGUGUCUUCGAUUUCCGACGAUAUCGAAUUAGAUAACCUUGAUCCGGUAAACGACGAACACCAUGCUUCCUCCAGCUCGGGACUUAUCCGACCGGCCCACAUUCGGGGGCUUUCCGACGUCGACGUACAAUUCAAGGAUGCAAUCAACGCUGAGCGGAGCCUUACGCCUCGAGAGGCCAUCCGCGCGUAUCCUAUGGCUGUUUUCUGGAGCUUGAUAGUGUCUGUGUGCGUGAUAAUGGAGGGCUAUGACACUAUUCUCAUGGGAAGCUUCUUCGCUCACCCCGAGUUCGCCAAGAAAUACGGCGAUGGGCAAGACAGCGAAGGCCGGGAUCAGUUGUCUGCUUUAUGGCAAGCUGUCCUCGGAAACAGUAGUACCUUUGGCUGCAUCAUCGGAGUCAUUGCUAAUGGCUUCAUCGUCGAAAGAUAUGGACAGAAGUUCGCCCUCAUCAGCUCCCUGUUCGUCCUUUCCGGCUGCAUUUUUAUCACUUUCUUCGCCACCAACAAAAUCAUGCUCAUGCUCGGUCAAAUUUCAUGCGGACUGCCGUGGGGCGUAUUCGCAUCGUCGGCGCCCGCAUACGCAUCCGAAGUCCUUCCUCUGGCACUGCGCGUGUAUCUGACCACGUGGACCAACAUGUGCUUCAUCAUCGGCCAACUAAUGUCCGCUGCUGUCCUCGCCGGACUCUUACCCCGAAAAGACGAAUGGUCCUUCCGUAUCCCGUUCGCCCUGCAAUGGUCUUGGCCGGUACUCCUCAUCCCCUUACUGGCUUUUGCUCCCGAGUCCCCGUGGCAUCUCGUCCGGACUGGCCAGCUUGACAAAGCAGAAAAGGCCCUAUCCCGACUUCAGAAACGGAAAAUCAACAAAGUGAAUGCCAAAGCCCGGUUGAAAGAAAUCAUCGAGACCGACCGGCUGGAACAGAAACAUCAGACCGGAACCAGCUAUUGGGACUGUUUCCGAGGUGUGGAGAGACGUAGGACGGAAAUUGCUUGCGUCGCCUUUGCGGGGCAGGUACUCUCCGGCUCGAGUUUUGCUUAUAAUUCGGUCUAUUUCUUCCAGCAAGCCGGGUUGAAGCCACAAGAUUACUAUGACCUCAAUGUGGGAGGAACCUCAUUAGCCCUUGUUGGAACCGUUGUCAACUGGGUAGCACUUAUGCCAUAUUUUGGCCGGCGUCGCAUUUACCUUUGGGGCAUGUUCACCACGGCCACGAUUCUGUUCCUCAUCGGCAUCCUCGACAGAAUUGGACGCAUGCCGAACGCGGCCACUGAGCCCAUCGGUUGGGUACAGGCCAGCCUCACCCUUGUCUGGACUUUUGUAUUCCAGCUGUCUGUCGGCCAGCUGGGGUGGGCAAUACCUGCAGAAGUCGGCUCAACGCGUCUUCGACAGAAGACGAUUUGCGUUGCAAGAUUCACAUACUACAUUAUGAAUCUGAUGGCUAUUGCCAUCCAGCCGUUUUUCAUCAACCCAAACGCAUGGGACCUCAAAGGAACUACUGGGUUCAUUUGGGGUAGUACGGCUUUUGCCACAUGCGUCUGGGCAUUUUUCAGAUUGCCCGAGACAAAAGGACGCACAUACGAAGAAUUGGACUACCUCUUCCAUAACGAAAUUCCUACCAGGCUUUUUGAAACCACCGAGGUUGAUAUUUUCGACGAAGGCGAAGAGAAGGUCUUCUCGCCUCCUUCUUAG